AUGGGCUGUUUCGCUCCUUAUACAGAAAAACCCAUGUUUCCAUACCACAUAAAGGAGAUCCAGGACAGCCAUCAUUUCUAACUCCUUACAUUGAAGCUGGGAAGUUUGCAGAAGAUAGAGCCAUGGAAUGCUCCAGUCGUCCUCUGGCUGCAGGGCGGGCCGGGAGGCUCAUCCAUGUUUGGACUCUUUGUGGAACACGGACCUUAUGUUGUCACAAGAAACAUGACCGUGCGUGCCAGAGACUUUCCUUGGACCACUAUAUUUUCCAUGCUCUACAUUGAUAAUCCAGUGGGCUUCAGUUUUACUGAACAUCUCCAGGGAUAUGCAGUGGAUGAGGAUGAUGUGGCACGAGACUUACACAGUGCACUUACUCAGUUUUUCCAGUUGUUCUCUGACUAUAAAGACAAUGACUUUUAUGCCACUGGGGAGGAACCUGAGGACCAAAGUUACUACAGGAAAUUUUUGUCCCUCCCACAAAUGAGACAAGCCUUCUAUGUGGGAAACCAGACUUUUAGUGAUGGAUCCAAAGUUGAAAAGUACUUGCGAGAAGAUACAGUAAAGUCAGUGAAACCAUGGUUAACUGAAAUCAUGAAUAAUUAUAAGGUUCUAAUCUACAACGGCCAACUGGACAUCAUUGUGGCAGCUCCCCUGACAGAGCGCUCCUUGAUGGCCAUGAACUGGAAAGGAUCCCAGGAUUAUAAGAAGGCGGAAAGAAAAGUUUGGAAGGUCCUUAAAUCUGAUCCUGAAGUGGCUGGUUAUGUACGGCAAGUGGAUAGCUUCUAUCAGGUAAUUGUUCGAGGUGGAGGCCACAUUUUGCCCUAUGAUCAGCCUUUGAGAUCUUUUGACAUGAUUAAUCGAUUAAUUUUUGAAAGAGGAUGGGAUCCUUAUUGA